UCGAGCGCUGCAGUAUCAUGGUGAUAUUACUCAACUGUGUGACCCUGGGCAUGUACCAACCCUGUGAGAACAUAGACUGCUCUUCAGACCGCUGUAAGGUACUACAGGCCUUCGAUGUCUUCAUCUAUGUCUUCUUUGCGGUGGAAAUGGUGGUGAAGAUGAUGGCCCUCGGAAUCUUUGGCCGUCGCUGUUACCUGGGCGACACGUGGAACCGUCUGGAUUUCUUCAUCGUCAUGGCAGGGAUGGUAGAGUACUCUUUGGACCUCCAGAACAUCAACCUCUCAGCCAUCAGGACAGUCAGGGUCCUCAGACCCCUCAAAGCCAUCAACAGAGUUCCAAGUAUGCGUAUCCUGGUGAAUCUCCUCCUGGACACUCUCCCCAUGCUAGGGAACGUCCUGCUACUCUGUUUCUUCGUCUUCUUCAUCUUCGGCGUCAUCGGAGUGCAGCUGUGGGCGGGACUACUGAGGAACCGCUGCUACCCCAAGGAAAACUUCACCCUUUCUAAGGACAUCUCCCUGCCUCGCCCAUACUACAUGGCAGACGAGGAUGAUGAGCGACCCUUCAUCUGCUCUCUUGCCCAGGACAACGGCAUCAUGGCGUGCACCGACGUCCCGGCCCGCCGAGAACUAGGACGCACCUGCUGCCUGGACAAGGACGAUGUGACACACAGACAGGGUUUGGGUCUGAGCCCUGAACCCCUGGUUAACGGGUCAGUGAGCGGGCCUGGACUGUGCAUCAACUGGAACCAGUAUUACACACGCUGUCACACGGGCCACAGCAACCCACAUAAAGGAGCCAUCAACUUUGACAAUAUCGCCUACGCUUGGAUCGUCAUCUUUCAGGUGAUCACUCUGGAAGGCUGGGUAGAGAUCAUGUACUAUGUCAUGGAUGCUCACUCCUUCUACAACUUCAUCUACUUUAUACUGCUCAUCAUCAUUGGUUCUUUCUUCAUGAUCAACCUCUGCCUGGUGGUGAUCGCCACCCAGUUCAGUGAGACGAAGCAGCGGGAGCACCAGCUGAUGCAGGAGCAGAGAGCCCAGGCCCACUCUUCCUCUACUCUAGCCAGCAUGACUGAGCCCUCAGCAGGCUGCUAUGAGUCCGUCUUCCAGCUGGUCUGCCACGUCCUCCGCAAGGCCCGCAGGAGGUCCAUGGCGCUCUGUAACCGACUGUUGGGGAGGCCCAAGGAGCUGAAAGGAGCAGGGAGAAGCAGAGGAGGAGGAGGAGGAGGAGAGAAGACGAACGUGAAUGGAGGAGGAAGAGAAGGAGGUGGGGAGAGGAGAGGGCAGCACAGACAGGCGGUCCACUGUCCCCACCACACCAAGCCCGACCACGCCUCCCCAGGAGACUCCAUCACACUCACUGUCUCCCCCGCCACCAACGGCUGCCCUCAUUGCACCGUCGCCCUGUCAAUCAGCGACGGGGCGGGACCUGCCGACAGCCUGGCCAAUUUGGAGGUGGAGGAAGGAGCUUUGGAAGAGACGGACGGGGAGGGCAGCAAAUGUGGCGCCGGGAAGGAGGAAGUGAAAGACGGGGCUCCCGCUAAGGUUUCUGGGGGAUGUAGGCGGGGGUGUGGGGAGCUGUGGGAGGAGACGAGGUUGAAGUUGUUGGGGAUCGUGGAGAGCAAGUACUUCAAUAGAGGAAUUAUGAUCGCUAUCCUCAUCAAUACCAUCAGUAUGGGCAUCGAACACCACAACCAGCCUGAGGAGCUAACCAACGUGUUGGAGAUCUGUAACAUAGUGUUCACUAGUAUGUUUGCCAUGGAGAUGAUUCUGAAGAUAACAGCGUCCGGAUGUUUCAACUAUCUGAGAAACCCCUACAAUGUGUUCGACGGUGUCAUCGUCAUUAUCAGUGUGUGUGAGAUCAUCGGCCAGUCUGACGGAGGUCUGUCCAUAUUGAGGACCUUCAGACUCCUUCGUGUCCUGAAGCUAGUCAGGUUCAUGCCCGCGCUGCGCAGACAGCUAGUGGUCCUGAUGAAGACUAUGGAUAAUGUGGCUACCUUCUGUAUGCUGUUGAUGCUGUUUAUCUUUAUAUUCAGUAUCUUGGGGAUGCAUAUCUUUGGCUGUAAGUUCAGCCUGAAGACAGAGGCAGGAGACACUGUUCCAGACAGGAAGAACUUUGACUCUCUACUCUGGGCCAUCGUCACUGUGUUUCAGAUCCUAACUCAGGAAGACUGGAACACGGUGCUGUAUAAUGGAAUGGCUGCCACCUCUCCUCUAGCUGCUCUGUACUUCGUAGCUCUCAUGACGUUUGGGAACUACGUUCUCUUCAACCUGCUGGUGGCCAUCUUGGUAGAGGGAUUUCAGGCUGAGGGAGAUGCUAAUCGCUCCUAUUCAGAGGAUGACAGUUCCCCCUCUAACUUUGACGAGAGUGAGAAGCUUAAUGAUUCUCUCAAACUGUCUGAUCCUAAAAUCUGCACUUUGACCCCUAACGGGCACCUGGAGUUGACCACAUUGACCCCAGUGAUGACCCCCAGGGGGUCGUACCCCACUGACAGGCUGACCUAUGCCCUGGGGUCACGGAAGAGCAGCGUUAUGAGUCUGGGCAAGGCCAACCUGGAGCAGAGGAGAUCAUUCUCUCUGCACCACGGCCGCAGUUCCCUGCACCACCAUUGGGGUCGCCCUCCCCCUCCUCAGAGUGCAUGGAACCGCAGGUCCAGCUGGAACAGCCUGGGUUGUCCCUCCCGCGGGCUAGGGGGGAUGGGAGCGGGUGUGGUCCCCGGGGGACCUCCGCCUCGCCCUAACCCCAGGAUGAGGAGUGUUUCUGGGGGAGGGAGCAGCGGCAGUGGGGGUAUGGUAGUGGAGCACCAUGAUUGUAAUGGGAAGGCUCCUAGUCCUAUUGGUCUUACGGGUCCCCAGACUGCCAAACUCCUAGCAGAGGUCUUCCCUCAGCUGAACCUGGCCAAGGACAGAUCGGACAUGGAUGAGGAGAUAGACUAUAGUAUGUGUUUCCGUAUCCAGAAGAUGAUGGAGGUGUACAGGCCUGACUGGUGUGAGAAAAGAGAGGACUGGUCUGUCUACCUCUUCUCACCACAGAACAAGUUCAGACUGCUAUGUCAGUCCAUUAUAGCCCACAAGCUCUUUGACUACGUAGUUUUAUCCUUCAUCUUUCUCAACUGUAUCACUGUAGCUCUGGAGAGACCCAAGAUACUGCAGAGCAGCUUGGAAAGACUUUUCCUCACCGUCUCCAACUAUGUCUUCACAGCCAUAUUUGUAGCUGAGAUGACCGUCAAGGUGGUCUCUAAGGGUCUGUACCUGGGUGAGAAGGCCUAUCUGAAAAGCAGCUGGAACGUUCUGGAUGGUUUCCUGGUCUUCGUGUCGUUGAUUGACAUUGUUGUGUCCAUGGCAGGCGGGGCUAAGAUCCUGGGGGUGCUGAGAGUGCUCAGGCUGCUCAGGACACUACGCCCUCUCAGGGUGAUCAGUAGAGCUCCAGGGCUGAAGCUAGUGGUAGAGACUCUCAUCACAUCUCUGAAGCCUAUAGGAAACAUCGUCCUCAUCUGCUGCGCUUUCUUUAUCAUCUUCGGCAUCCUCGGUGUGCAGCUGUUCAAGGGGAAGUUUUACUACUGCCUGGGUCUAGAGGUGAAGAACAUCACCAACAAGUCUGACUGUCUCCAGGCUAACUACAGAUGGGUUCACCACAAAUACAACUUUGAUAACCUGGGACAGGCUCUGAUGUCUCUGUUUGUGCUGGCAUCUAAAGACGGCUGGGUCAACAUCAUGUACCAUGGUCUGGAUGCUGUGGGCAUAGACCAACAGCCGUCUAUUAACAACAAUCCGUGGAUGCUCCUGUACUUCAUCUCCUUCCUCCUCAUCGUCAGUUUCUUCGUUCUCAACAUGUUCGUGGGUGUGGUGGUGGAGAACUUCCACAAGUGCAGACAGAACCAGGAAGUGGAGGAGGCCAAAAGGAGGGAGGAGAAACGACAGAGACGCAUGGAGAAGAAGAGGAGGAAGGCCCAGAAGCUACCCUACUAUACCAACUAUAGCCAUGGUCGACUGAUGAUCCACACUCUGUGUACCAGCCACUACCUGGACCUCUUCAUCACCUUCAUCAUCUGUAUCAAUGUCAUUACUAUGUCCCUGGAGCACUACAGCCAACCACAGUCAUUGGAGACUAGUCUGAAGUAUUGUAACUAUUUCUUCACCACAACCUUCGUGGUGGAAUCUGUCCUCAAGCUCAUUGGCUUCGGGUUCCGACGCUUCUUCAAGGACAGGUGGAACCAGCUGGACCUGUCCAUAGUGUUGUUGUCAGUGAUGGGCAUCGUUCUGGAGGAGAUUGACUACAAUGCUUCUCUACCCAUCAACCCUACCAUCAUCAGAAUCAUGAGGGUGCUGCGGAUAGCACGAGUUCUCAAGCUAUUGAAGAUGGCUACAGGAAUGAGAGCUCUUCUAGACACAGUGGUUCAGGCUCUACCUCAGGUGGGGAACCUGGGCCUGCUGUUUAUGUUGCUGUUCUUCAUCUACGCUGCUCUGGGGGUGGAACUGUUUGGAGAGCUGGUGUGUAAUGCUGACUACCCAUGUGAGGGCAUGAGUCGGCACGCCACCUUCGAGAACUUCGGCAUGGCCUUUCUCACCCUCUUCCAGGUCUCCACCGGAGACAACUGGAACGGCAUCAUGAAGGACACCCUGCGUGAGUGCCCUCCAGGUCCAAGUGACUACCCGUGCCACGCUGGACUCCAGUUCAUCUCUCCCAUGUACUUUGUCUCCUUCGUCCUCACCGCCCAGUUUGUCCUCAUCAACGUAGUGGUAGCCGUGCUCAUGAAGCACCUGGACGACUCAAACAAAGAGGCCCAGGAGGAUGCUGAGAUGGAUGCAGAGAUUGAGCUGGAGCUUGCCCAGGGACAACUGCAACUACCCACCUGCUGCAUGGGGGGGCUGGGCACUGGGCUGGUCGUGGCUGGGGCCUCUGGAGCGCCUGGAUGUAGGGGUGAUUUGAUUAGAUCUUUUCAAUGAAUAUUAAUCUGAUUUAUUUAUUUUAUCUACCUGCCCUGGGACCACUAGCUAGCCGGCUAAAUCUGACACAUUUACAGAUAUGUUGAUUGAUGUGCAUUGUCUCUGUCAAAUAAAUGUAACAAAUUAAAUGAAAAUUGGACAAUUUAAAAACAAAUCUCAAACAAUCAUGUGGAUACAAUGCAUUUUAAAAUCAUUAAUGAGAACACAAACAUUGUUUACUGUUUAAAUUCCAUUGUGGUCCUCUUCUAUCCAUUGUGGGUCCUCUUCUAUCCAUUGUGGGUCCUCUUCUAUCCAUUGUGGUUCCUCUUCUAUCCAUUGUGGGUCCUCUUCUAUCCAUUGUGGUCCCCUUCUAUCCAUUGUGGUUCCCCUUCUAUCCAUUGUGGGCCCUCUUCUAUCCAUUGUGGUCCCCUUCUAU